UGGUGGAAGGGGAAGGCCGGGGCACCCGGAGCCUGGACGGGGCAGCCCCUCCCCCGACGCCCUUCCGGGGUCGCAGCUAGCCCCUUUCCCUGCCUGAGCCUCAGUUUCCCCUGGAGAAGCGGGGACAAGGAGAGCAGGCACUCGGAGAGUCGGUGUCAGGGUUCAGUAAAAUGCUCAGGUCAGAGCCGGGCACAGAGCAGUGCCCGCUGCAUGGGAGUCGCUAUCUUAUUUCACCUUGGAUCCAGCCCCAGUUACGGUCGACACAGGUGCCGCUCAGAAGAGAGCUCGCCAGCCAAGAGCCCUUGGAGCCAAGGAGGCACUGCUGCUGAGUUUGGUGCCUGAGCUGAGUCGGUUGGUGACAGCAUGACGAGUGAGGUGAUCGAAGAUGAGAAACAGUUCUAUUCGAAGGCUAAGACGUACUGGAAGGAAGUCCCGCCCACCGUGGACGGCAUGCUCGGGGGGUAUGGCCACAUCUCCAGCAUCGACAUCAGCAGCUCCCGGAAGUUCCUGCAGAGGUUUUUGAGGGAAGGCCCAAACAAGACGGGGACCUCCUGUGCCUUGGACUGCGGAGCCGGCAUAGGCCGGAUCACCAAGCGGCUGCUCCUGCCGCUCUUUGGAGUGGUGGAUAUGGUGGACGUGACCGAAGACUUUCUGAUUAAAGCCAAGACCUACCUGGGGGAGGAGGGCAAGAGGGUGAGGAACUACUUCUGCUGCGGCCUCCAGGACUUCAGCCCCGAGCCUAAUUCCUACGACGUCAUCUGGAUCCAGUGGGUGAUAGGUCACCUGACUGAUCAGCACCUGGCCGAGUUCCUGCGGCGCUGCAAGCAGGGCCUGCGCCCCAACGGCAUCAUUGUCAUCAAAGACAACAUGGCCCAGGAGGGCGUGAUCCUGGAUGACGUGGACAGCAGCGUGUGCCGGGGCCUCGAGGUGGUCCACAGGAUCGUCCGCAGCGCGGGCCUCAGCCUGCUAGCCCAGGAGCGCCAGGAGAACCUUCCCGACGAGAUCUAUCACGUGUACAGCUUAGCCCUGAGAUGAGCAGGGACCGGCAGGAGUAAGGGACCAGCGCCGCGCAGGGUGGGGGGGCUGGCAGCGGGGCAAGACCCGGAGGCUCCGUGACGAUGGCUCGGGGACGCGGAGCAAGACCUCGAAAUACACCUGUCUGCCGCCGCUCACUGGACUCUUUUUCAGAAGGCCUGACGGGGACCCGGCGGGGAAGGGUGUGGCCCACGCGGAGCGGAGAGGCUGGGGCCCGGCUCUGCUGCCCUGGCAGGCAGGGACCGCGGUACAGACCUGUGUGACUCCAGGGCCCCUGGCGAGUCCCCGGAUGCCCCUUCCGGCCCCAGGCCUGGGUGCCUUAAGAGAACUCUUGGCCGUUGAGGACUUUUUCCCGGGGUGGGGAGGGAGGGGGGAGGGGAGGGGGACGAGGGAGGGGCUGGGCAGCGGAGCCGCGGCCGGCCAUCUGCACCCUCCCUGCCUGAGCCUUUGCGGUGCCUCCUGCAGCCGCUGGGACGUUCACGUUCUAAGUUCUGUUUGGCGAUUGAGCCCCGGUGUCCCUAACGUGAGCGUCACAACAGCCUACGGCAAGGGGAGUCCGUAGCCUCACUCUGGGCGGUGCCUCGCGGCUUCUCGGUGAACGUUCGCCGAAGUCACAAAAUAAAAGGGUGAAUCCCGUAUUGGAAAGGUCCUA